CAAAUUAAGGAUUAGAAGCAGCAGCUUGAUUCUGUUGAUUUCGAGUCACUGCAUCUAAAACAUGCUCCUCAAAAGCACUAUGGAACAGUUCGGCAGCUCUUUCCAGAAUUUUUUUUACAGUGUUCAUGUUAUGAAACACGUCUAUUUCUUCUAGAUCAUGACCCAGGUUCUUCAGCCGUGAAUCAGUGAAGACUGUCUUCCAGCUGCGUGUACGUCAUCACCACCUUCUUGCAGCUCAAUGUUUAACGAGGCGUUGUGCUCCAGAGUUGCCAGAGCCUGAAUGAACAGGUUCAUCCAUCUUCUACGGUUGCGAUUGUUGAUCCACUUAUUGCCAAAAUAAUCAACAAAAGGCUCAAGAAGAAAAGAAAGAACAACACCACCCUCUUCUAACGCAGCAUCUUUGAGAACUUUGAUGGACUGCAACAUCUGCAUGGAGCCGUUCAACGACUCCAAAAGGCGCCCCAAAUGCAUCGUCCCGUGCGGGCAUACUGUGUGCCUGGGGUGCCUGCAAAGUAUGCACACGCGCAGGUGUCCGGACUGCCGCCAGGAAUUUUCGGGGCAGGUCGAAGAGCUACCUGAUAAUUUCUUCUUGCUUGGGUUGAUUGAAAGCAAGGCAAGCAGCAACUCAGAUCAAAGGUUCUGGUGUCGCGACUGCGUCCAGGCUGCCACCGAGGACUGCGUAGACCAGAGCCACUCCUUGUGCUCCUUCCGCAAGAUGCGCGCCGAGCAGGCGUUGCUGGCGGCGCCCAAGCUGGACCAGCUGCAGAAGGCUGCCUUGUCGGCGCGGAGGGUGGUGCAAGUGCUGGACGCGGGCAGGAAGACGGUGGCCGCCCUGCUGGAGGCCCAGCUCGAGUACUGGCAACGCCAGCUGCGGGCCGUGGAGCAGAAGGAGAAGGACCUGCGCGCCGCGGCGCACGAGGGCCGCGACGUGGAGGCCUUCCGUCUGGGGGGCCUGCAGCAGCUCCACGACGCCGCCGGCCUGCUGGACGCCAAGCACGCGCUGCGCGUCCUGGACAAGGACGACGUGGAGUGGACCACCGGUGCGCCACAGCACUCCAAGCCCAAGCAUUUUCAGCUACUCAAUCCGAUGGUGCUGGGGCUCCUCCAGUUCAACCACAUCGCCAAGGUCGAGAAGCUGGCAGGCGUCCACAGCGACACGCAGCCCAGCUGGUCCAGGGCGCUGCUGCAGCGCUCGGCCCCGCGCGUCGAGUGGCUGUCGGUCCGAGGCGCUGCCGCUGAGGACCUGCACUUGGUGCGGGCCAUGCCGGCCCUGCGCUUCCUCGCAGUGCACCUCCGCGAGUGCACGGCGGACGUGCCCGAGCUGCCGCUCCUGCUGGAGGAGCUGGAUGUGGCGGUCGUCCCGCACAAGUACCUGCAGGCCCUGCAGCGCAUGCCCAACCUGCGCAAGCUGGCGCUGCGCUGGAGUCCCGCCCCACUCCACGUGGUGUUCCCGCCGCUGCCGCCGGAACACCGCGGCCUGCAGUGGCUGUGGGUGGGGCUGCCGUCCUUGCCCGCCGUGGUGUCGCUGGCCCGGGCGCACGCCGCCACGCUGCAGGAGCUCCGGGUCACGUGUGCGUCGGAGGGGCGCUCGCCCUGGCACUUCGAGGACCUGGCCCGGGCGCUGCGGUGCUGCGGGCUGGUGGCGCUGAGGCGCGUCAUCCUGCUGCGCGGAAGGGCCCCGGGCUUCCCCGACAACAAGCUCCCCCACAAGGAAGACUCGUGCGGGUCUCAGAAGCAGGCCGUCUGGGCGGGCCUCAUGGCCACGGCGGCCUCGGACCAGGAAGUCAAGGUGGUGCGAGUGCUGUGCGACAUGUGCGACGAGUGCCCGAACUACCCCGGCCUGGGUGACUUCUCGUGGGUCUGACUUUCUGGGACAGAUCUUCGUCAUGCACUGAUGGGUUGGUUGAAAUAAUUAUAGUGCUCAUGCACUGUUAAGUUAGUUGACAGAAUAAUAAUGGUCAUGUACUGUUCUCUUCGUUCAAAUGUUAAUAAUGACCCUGUACUGUCAGUUUUGUUAAAAGAAAAAUAAUAGUUAUGCGCCGUUUAUUUAAUUGAAGGAAUAAUGAAAGUCAAGUAAGUGCUAAGAAAUGAUAAUGGUCAUGUACUGGUAGGUUCGUUGAAACAAUAAUAAUGGCCCUGUACUGUUUGGUCAGUUCAAACAAUAAUGAUGCUCAUGUAUACUCUUGAGUUUGUUUAAAGGAUAAUC